AUGUCAGGUUUACCUGGGGCCAAGGCCCUCAAGUGGAAAGUGAAGUCUCCAAAACCUGCAAAGAAGGUUUCUCUGUACCUCGUGGCCGGGGAUGCUGCACAGCCUCCCGGAUGCCGUGCCCACGUCCGCCCAGUCCGUGGGGCUGCAGCAGGGCCUGCUGCUCUGACGCUCAGACCCGAGCCCGCCUGCCCCUUCCAACGCGAACGCCACCACGGCUCCCUCACUCCGGCCCACUGGUCCCUGGAAGACGCUGGCUCCCCGUCCUCACAGAAAAGCACCACGGGCAGGGCCAGCACACAGGCCGCAAGGCAACAGCGUGAGGUCAGCAAGUGUGUGACCACCGCCUCCCCACAUCCUGCCCUGUUUCUGCUCACCUGGCCGCUCUUCCUGUCCGCUGCCUUUGUCGUUAUCUCAGGGCGUGUGGGGACGGGAGCACCAGCAAACUCGUGCUGUCCCACCCAGCAAGGGGGCCGGGACGAGCACAGCUCCCCUCCCCCCUCAGGUCCCUCAGAACGUGUCCUGAAAGGAAGGGACAGGACGGAGGGCCCCGUCCCUUCGUGCCCCCUGACUUUUUCUUGCUUCGCCUUUAAAAUCUGUCUACCCUUAGGAAGGCCACCUAGGCCGGUGCUCCUCAGCAGUCAGUGCCCAGGUCCCCAGCGACACCCCCCAAGGUGGGAGCCAGGACGGCGAGCUGGCCACGUCCACGACGGGGCAGCCGCCUCCCAGGAAGGAGCCGUGCAGACACUCAGGACCCCUGACCAGCCCCUGAAGGAAAUCCACACGCCUCCGGCCGCCCCCGGGGCAGACGCCGGGUCUGUCUGUGGCUUCCAGGCCUGUGCAGGGAACGGACCUCUAACUGACCCCGCCUGCUGGCCCGACAUGGGGACCCCCUGUGCCGGCCCCUCCUGGGUGGGGUACCCCACCCCCUGGAGGUACACCUGGGUGCCCUUCGUCUGCCGUCUCUGGAUGGGCCCCCCUCCAGCUGCCUCAGCGCCUUCAAUCUGGGCCUGGGGCGUCUCCAGCUUUGAUCCCCCCCACGGGGAGCCAGCCCUCGCCCCCUUGGCCUCUGGAGUAUUUCCUUAGCCCGGGGGACCCCCAGCCCCAUACCCCUCCGUCCCUCCAGCUCUGAGCGGGGACGCCCCCAGCCCCUGUGCCCAGGCGGGGUGGCAGACUCCGGGCAGCUGCCCCCGGGCUGCAGUGUGCGGACCAUCCAGAGACGCUUCCUGCUUGAAGACAUGCCAAGUCCUUCCGUCAGAACAGGCGUCCAGAUUUAGCGUUUGGGCCCCCAAACUGUUCUUCAGCCCAGAACUCUGCCCUCUGCCCCCUUCCCCAGGCGCAGACCCUCAGCCCGAACCUCACCGCCCCCGCCCCCCGCCGGGCACCCCCCAGGGCCCGCGGCCGCCUCCUCCAGCUCUGAUCAAUCCCUGGUCACCCUCCCCAACCAGGGGAGACACGGCGUGCCCUGCUGCCUGCACCGCCGCCUCUCCAGCCCUCAUCGCGGGCCAGCACCUCGUAUACUUGCAGCCUUGUACAACGGGUGUAGCCUGUGCUUUUAGAUUCCAUGACGACGUACUCUCAUGA